AUGUCUGCCAAAUCGCUCCCCGUUCUCGAUGAAUCUGAGCUUAAAGAUGGAGAAAUGAAGGAAGUCGACUUCGAGCAAGGAAAGGUUCUUCUCUCGCGUUUGGGAGACAAGAUACAUGCGACCAGUGCUUACUGCACCCAUUACGGAGCACCUCUUGCUAAAGGUGUACUCACUCACGAUGGAAAAGUAACAUGCCCUUGGCACGGAGCUUGCUUUCAUGUUUCCUCCGGUGACAUUGAGGAUGCUCCCGCUCCGGCUGGCAUUCACUCCUUCGAAACCCGCGUCAAAGAUGGCAAGAUAUACGUCAGUGCGAACCCCGCAUACACACUUAAGGAGAAGAUGGCUAGGCCUCCCAAAUUAUCUACCACGGGCUUUGAUGCUGUUGGCAAAGGAACGAUCAUCGUUGGGGGUGGUGCCGGGGCUUUCAGUCUCGUGGAAAGUUUGAGAGAGAAUGGGUAUAAAUAUCCUAUUACCAUCCUAACCAAAGAGCCAUAUGCCCCAAUUGACCGAACCAAACUGAGCAAAGCACUAAUUACAGACCCAUCUAAGCUGGAGUGGAAGAAUGCCGCGGAACUCAAAGUCAAGUUUGGGACCAACGUUCGAACCGGAGUCACUGUGACCUCGAUCGAUUUUCCAAAUCGCAAAGUCAUUAUUGAUGGCAAGGACUCACUUAUUUACGAUAAAUUAGUUCUUGCAACUGGAGGAACUCCUCGGCGACUACCUAUACCAGGCGCAGACCUUGAAAAUGUAUUUACAUUCAGGACUGUCGAGGACGCUCGAAAGGUUGAUGCUGCGGCACAGAAGGGAAAAAGAGUCGUCGUCAUCGGCAGCUCUUUCAUCAGCAUGGAACUUGUCGUUGCACUAGCCAAACGGGGACUGGAAUCAAUCGAUGUUAUUGGAAUGGAGAAGUAUCCAUUCGAGGCCGUGCUGGGUAAGGAGGUUGGUAAGGGGCUUAUGAAGUAUCACGAAUCACAAGGUGUCAAGUUCCACAUGUCUAGCAAAGUCGAGAAGAUCGUAUCUCACGAAGACAACGACAAACUCGCCACAGGUGUUGUUGUUAACGGCGAAACGCUGCCUGCCGAUUUCGUUAUCAUGGGGGUCGGGGUCCGCCCGGCCACGGACUUUUUGAAGGGACUCAUUGAAUUGGAGGCUGAUGGUUCUGUCAAGGUGGAUGAGUAUCUUAGGGCUAUUAAAACACCCCCUGGAGUAAAGGGUGUGUUUGCAAUUGGUGAUAUUGCAGUAGCACCAGUGGUGCAAAAAGACCGAGUCGUCACGUUCGCCCGCAUCGAACAUUGGAAUGUUGCAUCAAACCAAGGUCGGGUACUGGGAAGGUCGAUUGCUGGUACUCCUCGGCCUUACACUAAGCUUCCGUUCUUUUGGAGCGCACAGGGUCAACAACUCCGGUACGGUGGCUACGGUGCCGGUCAUGACGAAGUCACGAUUGUCGGUGACCCAGGGGAAUUAAAGUUCAUAGCCUACUACUCCAAGGGUGGUAAAAUCAUCGCUGUUGCCAGCAUGCAAAAUGACCCCGUGGCCAGUAAGGCGCUGCAGCUCUUGAGGCUGGGAAUGAUGCCUACGCUUGCUGAGCUGAAGGAACGAGGAUUGGAUAUCAUGUCGAUUGAUAUUUCCACUCGGAAUGUCUCUCCGACAGAAUAA